UAUGAACAUUAAUUGACGCACGAUACAGUAUUCAUAUUUUAUAAAGGAUGUUUAGUAUUUCACGUUAGAAUUUAACAUUUCUUGUUGUGCAUCUUGAUUAGAAAUAUGAGAAUCGUAUAUGACUUGCAGCUGGCUAUCCGGAAACAUAAGGAGUCAUAUGGUAUGAGAAGUGGUAUUAAUACAGAGGAGGACGCUCCGGUACUCAGUCGAGUUCGUGUUCUCAGACAAAUCGAUAAGAAACAACUUAACAAUGGAACGUUUAGUGCUAGUGAAAAUCCCGUGAACAUAUAACGAAAAACAUAUAGUGCCGACAAAUCUCAUGGGUAGGCACAUACACAGCUGUCCUCGCCAGUAUUCAGCCGCUGCCGAGAAGGUCAAUUGGCCAAAGUACAUUUCGGAGUAUCUGAGCAAUGAGGCGCCUACAAAAACCAACCCUACUGCUAUCGAGGACCACUGCAAGUAUGGAUUGAAAUAAUGUCCGUUAGAUAAAUCCCACUGGGUGAAGCCAACGUCAAUGGCAAAUCGCUUGCUGACCAAAACUAGAUGGAGCGACCCACGGGUCGAACCUGCCAUCCUGCAAGUAUGGCAGGGGGCAGUACUAGAGCAAACUGAGGAAAACUGGGACGAUGAUAACUAUGAGACCUACCAACCUCAGCUGCUUGGCCGACCCAUAUUAAAAAAUAUUCCACUGUUUCUGUCAAGAAACGAAAGAAAACAGUGAAGGGACAGUAAAGUGGGUAGAUUCAGAG